AUGAUGACCUUGAGGAGCUCUGAUUUUGGUCUCAUGCCCCCUCUGUGUGUGAGUUCUGCUUAUUUUUUUCAGAGACAUUACUUUUACCAUAACCUCCAAACUGUAAAAAUUAAAAGAACCAAUCAAACACACCUUCCUAUUACAUUUUCUUCACUGUGUAAAUAUUAUUUGUGUAAACAUUAUGAAAAGGGAUCCAAACAAUUUGAGUCUGAGUAUUUUUUUCCUCCCCAGGCAUAUGCUUCAGUGAUAAAUGUUUUCCUGUGCGGAAAAUGCCAUAUGACUGUUGUGCUACCUUCUGUAUGGACUGUUUUGGUAUUGUAUCUUUCUGUAUGUCAAGAACUUAGGGUGUUUGUAGCUGCAGAGUUUCUGUAA